UCUCUCUUUUCCACAUACAAUACACAGUAGAGAGAGAAAAAAGGCAGAAAUUUAUUGUCUCAAUCUCAUCUCAUCUUCUCUGUGGCGUUAUUCUUUCUUCAUCUGCUUCUGUAAAUAUGUGUUAUUCCUUUUCUCUUUAAAUUCAAUUCUCAUCGCCUGAGAAAACUUCCAAUUUUGUGUUUUUUAUUCUUUUUCCCCCAAUAAUUCGGUGGUUAAUCGCCAUGCGGAGAGGCAGAGCAGCGGCGAGGCCGGCUGUGGCGGUUCCCGGCGUGGAAGCCAACGGAUCGGGAGGAUCUAAGGAGAUCAGAUUCCGAGGCGUCAGAAAGAGGCCGUGGGGGAGGUACGCCGCCGAGAUCAGAGACCCUUGGAAGAAGACGCGCGUCUGGCUAGGCACCUUCGACUCCGCGGAGGACGCCGCCCGCGCCUAUGACGGCGCCGCGCGGUCUCUCCGCGGCCCCAAGGCCAAGACGAACUUCCCCCUGCCUCAAAACGCCGCCGUUUAUCCCGAUUUCAACUCUCAAAACCCUUAUCCACCGCGGAUUAGCAAUAACCCCAACGAUCCGUUCAUGGAUUGCCGGUAUUACCCCCAGGAGCACCACAUAAUCGCGCAGCAGCGGCCGACGUCCAGCGGCAUGAGCAGCACUGUGGAAUCCUUCAGCGCCCCGCGCCAGCUGCCGAUCGUGCAGCAGCAGCAGCAGAGGAGGCAUCCGCCGCUGGCACCCGAUGAUUGUCACAGCGAUUGCGAUUCGUCCUCAUCCGUGGUUGAUGACGCCGCCUGUGACAUCGCCUCCUCUUGUAAAAACCCCAUGCCUUUCGAUCUUAACAUGCCGCCGGAGGGAGACGCUGACGAAUUAUCCUGCACGGCUCUCCGGCUCUGACCGGUUCCCCUCCGGUGAUUCUCCUAUUUGCUUAAAAUUACUAAUUUUUUCCCUUUUUCUCUUUUUUGCUUUUAUUUUGCGGAAAAUCCCCAAAAAACCUAAAAAAAAAGUAGAGAUGAAUGCUGGAUGAAGACUGAGGUUGUCUUCUAUGAGUGUAUGUUGUUUGGAGAGAGUUUACUUUUUUUGUAUUUAUAAUCCCUAAUGUUAUUGAUAAAUAGAGGAUAUUAUGAUUGGUA